UCUUUACCUACUUUUUUUUUCCCUCUGUUUUUCAAUGAAGACAAAGGUAUCGACUUUGACUUCAGUUUUUGGUUAUGGUUUCCAGCACAAUUCCUUAAAUUUUCUUGGAUCCUUACACCAUUUAUGUCCCUUAUCAUAUCCACAAACAACUUUCAUUCAUUCAUCCAAACAACAAAACAAUGGACUAGCCUUUUGUGUUCAUGGAUCAAGAACAAUAGUUGAUGAAUCCAAAAAGCAUAAAACUUUUUACAAGCCCAAAAAUCUUGAUCAAUUUUCAUGCAUACCCAUAUCAAAAAUUCACACAAAAACCAUUCCAAAACAUGAAACUAGUCAAAAAGAUGAUGAUGAUCUUUGGUUGAUAAUGAAAGAUGAAGCAAGAUUUGAUAUUGAUCAAGAACCUAUUUUGUCAAACUACUAUUUCACUUCAAUUUUGUCUCAUGAUACAAUGGAAAGUGCGUUAUCUCAUCAUCUGUCUAUGAAGCUUUGUAACUCAAGUCUUCCAAGUGGGACCCUUCAUGAUCUUUUUAUGAGUGUGUUAACAAGUGAUGAAAAAAUAAUUAAGGCUGUUAAGGAUGAUCUAAGGGCGGUUAAAGAAAGGGAUCCAGCUUGUGUAAGCUAUGUGCAUUGUUUUUUGAACUUUAAGGGGUUUCUUGCUUGUCAAGCUCAUAGAAUUGCUCACAAACUAUGGUCAGAAAAUAGGAAAAUUUUAGCACUUUUGAUCCAAAAUAGAGUUUCUGAGGUUUUAGCAUUGGAUAUUCAUCCAGGAGCAAAAAUCGGAAGUGGACUAUUGCUUGAUCAUGCUACUGGUGUUGUCGUGGGAGAAACCGCAGUGAUAGGAGACAAUGUGUCGAUUUUGCAUAAUGUGACACUGGGUGGGACCGGAAAGAGUUGCGGGGAUAGGCAUCCGAAGAUUGGAGACGGGGUUUUGAUAGGGGCCGGGACGUGUGUUUUGGGGAAUGUUAGGAUCGGUGAAGGGGCGAAAAUAGGGGCAGGGACAGUGGUGGUGAAGGAUGUGCCUCCAAGGACUACUGCUGUUGGGAACCCUGCCAAGUUGAUUGGAGGGAAAAACAAUCCUGUUAAACAUGACAAAAUUCCUAGUCAAACAAUGGAUCAUACUUCACCCAUUGAGUUUUACGAUUAUGUUGUCUAAAUUCUAAUUAUGAUAUGAGAUCUUAUAUAUGGUUCACUUUAGUCUUAUUGGGCCAAUAUAACUUUGAAGUUUCAUCUUUAUGUAAUUCAAGUUAAAAAGUUAGUAUCUUGGUUUCAUAUGCA